GUCACUGUCCAGGGUUUCUUCACUUCCAUGGGCUUCCUGUCUCUCAUGUCUCUGGUUUCUAACUGCAAUCGUAUCUCAUUCUUCAUUUGUCACAUGCAAAAGUUCAGAAGUUCUUCAUCACUAAGAGUCCUCAGGAACAAGGGAAGCUCACAUAACUAGAUUUUAAAAAAAUAGUGAAAACUCACACUGGGCUUAGUGCUUUGUGUGUCACUUAAUCCUCCCUACAGCCCUGUAAGGUAAGUUACAUUAUUAUCCUAAUGCUACCAGCGAGAAAACCAGGAGACAAAGCUACUGAAUAACUUACCCAAGGUCAGAAAUCUUGUUCAUGGUGAGGCUGGACUUCGAACUCAGGGCAUUGGACUGCAACUCCCCUAUGAUGAGUAAUCUGCCUGGAGAUUAUGGUCAGGCUGGUUUGAGGAGACAUGCUUUUAAGCCAUGCCAAGGAAGAGACACUGCACAUUUAAAUGUGCCAAAUUUGCCUUUGGGUGUCCACAAGAAAAAUAAUCACAUCACUUAAAACUGAUCAUAAGCCUGUCUGAAGCUUCCUUGUUCAUGGCUCUUGUUUUUUUGGUGGGUUGCUGGAUGAGACUAGAGGAUAACUCCACUUUUAGCUUUGCCAUGGUAUGGAAAUUUGUCCUCUGAAUCUUCAUGUGUUCUGACAACUCACAGGUGAGCAAAGAUUUAAAUUAAUUGAAAAGAUUGGAUUAAAAUAAAACAAAAAAUAAGGCUUCAUACUAGAUUGAAUUCAUUUCAUUUCUGGAAGUGGACUAUGUCAGGGCAAUUUCUAUGUGAAAAAAAUAGAUGAAUAGUGCUCGGAGUUAGCUCACUGUAUUUGCUCCCUUCCGCGCUGUCUCAGCUUUCUCUAUUUUAAUUUCGUGAAUCUGCUUUGACAUAUGACAUUAAUCUGUGGUUAUUAAAUGUUUUACGCCAGGCAUUCGCGUGAUGUGGCUGUUUCUAACAACAACCUAUUUGAUUUGUGGAACUUUAAAUGCUGGCGGAUUCUUUAAUUUGGAGAAAGAAGCAAAUCCUGAAGUGUGGAUGAAUAUUAGUGAAAUCAUCACCUACAAUGGCUACCCCAGUGAGGAGUACGAAGUCACCACUCAAGAUGGGUACAUACUCAGUGUCAACAGAAUCCCCCAUGGACGAAGAGACAAUAGGAGCACAGGUGCCCAGCCAGUUGUAUACUUGCAGCAUGCUCUGUUUGCAGACAGUGCCUCCUGGCUUGAGAAUUACGCCAAUGGCAGCCUUGGAUUCCUUCUAGCAGAUGCAGGUUACGAUGUAUGGAUGGGAAACAGUCGGGGCAACACUUGGUCAAGGAGACACAAAACACUCUCAGUGAAUGAAGAGGAAUUCUGGGCCUUUAGCUUUGAUGAAAUGGCCAAAUACGAUCUCCCAGGAAUAAUAGACUUCAUUGUAAACAAAACUGGUCAAGAGAAGUUGUAUUUCAUUGGACAUUCACUUGGUACUACAAUAGGGUUUGCAGCCUUUGCCACCAUGCCUGAACUGGCACAAAGAAUCAAAAUGAAUUUUGCCUUGAGUCCUGUGAUCUCAUUCAAAUACCCCACGGGCAUUUUUACCAGUUUUUUCCUACUUCCAAGUUCCUCAGUCAAGAGGAUUUUUGGUACCAAAGGUUUCUUUUUAGGAGAUAAAACAGGCAAGUCACCUUCUACCAAAAUCUGCAACAAUAAAAUAUUAUGGGUGAUAUGUAUUGAAUUUAUGUCUUUAUGGGCCGGAUUCAACAUGAAAAAUGUGAACGUGAGCCGGAUGGAUGUGUAUAUGUCCCAUGCUCCCACUGGAUCGUCAAUACAGAACAUCCUGCAUAUAAAACAGCUUUACGGAUCUGAUGAAUUCAGAGCUUAUGACUGGGGAAGUGAAGCAGAGAACAUGCAUCAUUACAAUCAGAGUCGUCCCCCACUAUAUGACCUGACUGCCAUGAAAGUGCCUACUGCUAUUUGGGUUGGUGGAAGUGAUGUCCUUAUAACACCCCAGGAUGUAACCAGGGUACUCCCCCAAAUCAGGAAUCUCCAUUACUUCAACCUAUUGCCAGAUUGGAACCACUUUGAUUUCAUCUGGGGCCUCGAUGCUGCUCAACGGGUGUACAGUAAAAUCAUAGAUUUGAUGAAGUCAUUUCCCUGACUGCAAUACAUCUACUCUUCAGUUAAAAGUUGUUUCCAAGCCCAUAAGAGGCUUUGGGCAAAAUACUAAUCAGCAAUGAGGUCUACUCCAGCAUCCUUCACCUUGUUGCUGUCGCUGAGGUGUUCCCUUAUCACGGCAUCCCAGCUAGGAAUUAUUUGUACUGUGCUGCUCUUUCGGAAAUGUCCACAUCUGAAAUCUUAGAAUCUUCCCCUCAGUCAAGGGCUAGGUCUAUUUUUAAAUCUAAGCCCUAGUAAACUCUUCUCUGCUAACUGUACACUUCAGGGAGGAGUUAAAAGAGGCCUUUCUCUUUCUUAUUUCAAAUAUAUAUAGUGGUUUCAUGCAAAUGAUACUCACUCCCCGUCCCCUGGCCUAGAUAAACCUUGUCAAGGGAGUCAUGUGGCAAUAUGUUUUGGGUGGCUGUGAUCUUGUGGCUUUCUUGAAAUCACAAUUAGGGCAAUAGUCAUAUGGUCAUCUAUAGACAAGCUAUGAAACAAGCCUGACCCACAUCAAGCAUGAAAAAAUUAGCAGAAUGGAAAACUAACCAAAUUAAAGUAUUCCAGGAGUUUGUUUUACUGUUACAAGCUAGGGGAAAAACUAACUCUUAGUAAGCAUAUGACUCAACUGGAAGGAGUGGAAGGAUGUGGCUGUAAUAGAUUAGCCUACUAGUUAUGAACAUUUAAGAGGCAUUGGACGGUGGUUGAUAUGUUUACAGAGAGAAAAGAAGGCAUUGGUUAAUAUAAGAAUCUGGUUAAGUGGGGGUCAGUUAAGAGAGCUCCUAUGGGAUUUGUCUUAUUCAGCUACUGCUACAACAAUGCUUUGUAAUAAACAACUCAGUGGCUUACAACAGCAAACGUUUAUUUUUUUAUGCUCACAAGUCCACAGUCUGGCUGGUGUGAUUCUAUUUUACACUGAAAUCACCUGGGUUUGGCUCAAAGCUGUGGGUUGGGUCCAGGUCUGCUCUACAUCUUCUCUUCAUUCUGGAACUAGCAGCUCUCAGGGUUAUGUUCUUUGCAUGACAGAUGCCAAGAGCACAAAAGGGCUAGCUAGAUCAUGCUAGCAUAUUUGAACCUCUGCUUGUUCACAUGCCUUUGGCUAAUUCAGAUCACAUGACCAAGCCUUACCUCAGUGGGGUAGAAUAGUCUGCUUCACCUGCAGUGUGAAGCUGCAAACCACAUGGCAGAGAGUGUGGAUAUACAAUGCUAUUAUACAGGAGUGCAGAACUGGGGAAGAUACUCCAUUCUACCAUAUAUAGGCAUAAAAUUCAAAAGACAAAAAUAAGGAAUACAAUAAAAAGUAAGUCUUCCUCUUUCUCCCAACUCUUGUCAUACACUCUCCACUUCAAAGACACAUAACUCUUACCAAUAUUUUGUGUAUCCUUCUACAGACUAUGCCAUGCAUAUUCUAAUGGAUCCACAGAUACCCAUGUAGUUUUUUCUCCUAUAUGUACUGUACUAUUCAUACUUUUCCACGUCUUGCUUUGAUUGCUUAGUAUAUCUUGGAGAUCAUUCCCCAUCAGUUCAUAUGGAACACUAUUAAAGGUUACAUGGAAAUUCAUUAUUAACAGAGAUUAAGAUGAAUUAGGAUUUUUUUGUAAUUACACACAGUGUUGUAGAAAAUAUUGUACAAACAUCAGUUUAUACUUUAUACAAAUAUCAUUUAUACCUAGAGGAUAAAUUAUCUUUGAACCAGUAAUUCUGGUUCAAAGAGCAUGUAGAAUUUUAAUUUUGGAUGAAAAUAUUUUUUAACUUCGUUGGUUGACAUGAAAUCACAAAUCAUAGCUGUUAGGGUGGCCAUUAUCAUUAAAACAAAAGACAACUAGUGUUGACAAAGAAGUGGAGAAAUUGGAACCCUUGUACAUUGUUAGUGGGAAUACAAAAUGGUGCAGUCUCUAUAGAAAGCAGUAUGGAGGUUCCUCAGAAAGUUAAAAAUAGAACUACUUUAUAAUCCAGCAAUCCCACUUCUGGGCAUUUAUCCAGAAGAAAUGAAAUCAGGAUAUCAAAGAGGUAUCAGUACUCUCAUGUUCAAUGCAGCACUAUUCACAAUAGCCAAUGUAGAGAAGCAAACUAAAUGUCCAUCGACAGAUGAAAGGAUUAAAAAAUGUGAUUGAUAGAUAGAUAUAGAUAUAGAUAUAGAUGUAGAUAUAGAUAUCUCACAAUGGAAUUUUAUUCAGCUUUCAAAAAGAAGGAAAUCCUGUCAUAUUCAAUAACAUCGAUGAAACAUGAGGACUUUAUGCUAAGUGAAAUAAGGCAGUCACAGAAAGACAGCUACUGCAUGAUUCCACAUACAUGAGGUAGCUAAAAUAGUUAAACUCAUAGAUGCUGAGACCAGAAUGGUGAUUGCCAGGAGCUGGGGGUAGGGGACAAUGGGGAGUUAUUAAUCACAGGUAUAAAGCUGCGGUUUGCCAUAUGAAUAAGUGUAGAGAGCUGCUGUACAUUGUGCCUAUGGAUAAGAAUACUGUACUGUAUACUUAAAAAACAUGUUAGGAGGGUAAAUUUCAUGUUAAAUGUUCUCACCACAAUAAAAAAUUAUUAAGCUUUA